AUGGUCUUGAUGAGCACAGCAUGGAUCGCAGUCGAUACCGACUACAACAACUCAGAUUGCGAGCACCGCUAUAUUUUUGUGACAGUGGACAACAUCAUUUGUGUAUAUUUUUGCAUUGAGAUCACGGUGCGCUGGCUUGCCUGCCAUGUCUGUUCUCAAGCAUUACAAGAUUGGUCAUUCCUUUUCGACCUUUUCUUGGCAGUGACCAUGUCUAUCGAGACAUGGGGCCCUCAAAUUGUUUAUUGGGUGACUGGCCGCAGCACUCAGUCAGGUUUGGGCAUGGGCUCUGCCCUGAGAAGCUUGAGGCUGAUCCGAAUUACACGGGCCUUCCGAAUGUCACGACUGUUCCGUUCAGUCCCUGAACUCAUGAUUUUAGUGCACGGUAUGUUCCAGGGUGUGAGAUCCGUGUGUACUACUCUGAUCCUCUUGCUUUUGGUGACAUAUACCUUUGCGGUGGCCAUGACUCAGCUUCUGCAGAACAAAGACGUCGGAAAGGGGAAGUUUGAUGAUGUAGCAACGGCCACAAACUUCCUACUGAUGCAAACCCUGUGUGGAUUCAAUGCUGGCUUUAUGACAACUAUGCUCAAUACAGAUGUGGUGUCAUUCAUCAUCCUGCUGACGUACCAACUAUUAGGUUCGCUGACUCUCAUGAACAUGCUGACUGGUGUGAUGGUGGAUGUGGUUGGAACCACUGCUCAACUUGAGCAGGAGGAGCAGAGCCUUAAAACUCUCAAAAGAGAUAUUGCCGAUGUAGUGAACCUUACAGAUGAGAAUCACGACCGCACCGUGACUGCCGUGGAGUUCACACAUAUGACGCUUGGUCUCACAAGAGAUGGAAUCGAGUAUGAAGGUGGUGUGAACGUGCUGGCACUGGUGGACUAUGCAGACUUUGUUUUCCGUGACACCUCUGAGCUAUCCUUGGAAGAAUUCAUAGAGACGGUGUUGCAGUUCCGUGGUCAGAGCCCAGCUACAGUCAAGGAUGUGGUUGAUCUUCGGGUCUUUGUGUCCAAGGACAAAGCACAAUGCCAUAGACCUGGUACCGUCCAAGAAAAUUUGAGCAGGUUCACUUAUAGUAUGACUUUGUGUUACCUAAGUAGGCCGCCAUGGUCUGUGUGUGUGUAUGUGUGCGCGAAGACAAUGCGGGCACAGAGUGGAUCAAGGAGCUGGCCAGAUUGGAAAAGGAUGUCGCCACUGUAA